AUGCCCCAGGUAGGAGCUGUGGCAUCAGGGGCAGGCUCCCAGGACAAUGGGCAGGCCAUCCGGAUCCACAAGGUGCAGCACCAGGCGGUGCGGGUGGGGCUGGCUGAGCCCGUGGCCCUGCCCUGCCUCUUCCUGCUCCACGCCUCGGCCAUGCGGGGGCCCAACGACCCGCCGGACCCGCCGCGCAUCAAGUGGAGCAAGGUGCAGUCGGCGUCCGGCCAGCGGCAGGACGAGCCCAUCCUGGUGGCCAAGGAUAACGCCGUGAAGGUAGCCAAGGCCUACGAGGGCCGGGUGUCCCUGCCCGGGUACCCCCGCGACCGCUACAACGCCACCCUGGUGCUGGGUGCCGCCCGUGUCAGCGACGCGGGGCUGUACCGCUGCGAGGUGGUGGCCGGGAUCGACGACGAGCAGGACCUGCUGCCCCUGGAGGUGACAGGUGUCGUGUUCCACUACCGGGCCGCCAGCAACCGCUACGCACUGACCUUUGCGGAGGCGCGGCGUGCCUGUCGGGACAGCUCGGCCCUCAUCGCCUCGCCCGCACACCUGCAGGCAGCCUUCGAGGAUGGCUACGACAACUGCGAUGCUGGCUGGCUGUCGGACCAGAGUGUCAGGUACCCCAUCACGCACUCCAGACCUGGCUGCUACGGAGACCGCAACAGCCUCCCGGGCGUCCGCAGCUAUGGGCAGAGGGAAGCCGAUGAAGCUUACGAUGUCUACUGCUAUGCCAGGGAGCUCCAAGGGAAAGUGUUUUACAUCUCCACGCCUGGGCAGCUCACCGCCCAGGGGGCCCGGGAGCAGUGCCAGAGUCACGGGGCUGUGCUGGCCACCACGGGCCAGCUGUACCUGGCGUGGCAGAGCGGGCUAGACCAGUGCGACCCGGGCUGGCUGGCCGAUGGCAGCGUCCGCUACCCCAUCAGCAUCCCACGCAAGAAGUGCGGCGGGGACGAGCCGGGGGGGCGGACCGUGUACCAGUUCCCCAACCGCACCGGCUUCCCCGACCCGGCCUCCAAGUUCGACGCCUACUGCUACAGAGCACACCAGCAGCCGCCCCCGGGGCUGGAGAAGCAGGAUGCGCCAGUGCAGGAGAGACCGGAGAGCAGGGCAGCCUUGGAGGGGCAGAGCAGCCCCAGGCCACCCGACCUGCUGGGCAUGGACAACCUUCUGGUGGAGCACGAGGAGGAGCUGCCCUCUCCGGGCCACAACGAGCUGUUCCCGCGGGAGCGGGAGGACCUCAGCACGUCCGGGGACUCCCGGGAGGUGCCCCGGGAUCACUUCGGCCUCCUGCACAGGCUGGUGGGGCCAGCCCUGCCCGAGGAUGAGCAGCUGCAGCCCGUGCCUGCCAGCCCGGCCGGGGGGCACCCAGCACCCCCUGACACAGGCCCCGAGUGGACAACAGGGCCCAGGGUGCUGGCAGAGGACAGCACGGCGCUGGCUCCCGUCACGGCCUCCCCUGCAGCUGGGCCGGGCGAGGACGAGUUGCUGAACAUGGUGGACCAGGAGCCUCUGCAGGGCACCCCGGCCGGCACCUGGGAGGGGGUGCCCAGCACCAGCCAGCUGCUGCCUCACCGCCCGGGCACCUCUGCUGCCGCCGGGCCCGAGCUGCCCGGCCCAGGCGCCUCCAAGGAGCCCCGGCCCGUGCCCAGCACCCCCCAGCCCACCAGGAAGAGCAUCUACUCGGGGCUGAACGGCCGCUACUUCCAGCUGCAGCACGGGCAAGGGGGCCAAGGCACGGAGCCCCCCUUCCUGGCGCAGGAGGCAAGAGGCGUCGCGGCCAACGCGGUGGAGAUGCUGACCAUGCCGGGGAUCACUGUGGAGCCUGACGGUGGGGAGGGGGCCUACCCCUUCUCCAACGAAGUGGAGGGGGUGGCUGGCUACCGUGACGUCUCCAGCUGCACCUGCGACCCGGGCUUCACCGGGGAGAACUGCGAGAUCGACAUCGACGACUGCCUGUCCAGCCCCUGCCAGAACGGAGGCACCUGCAUCGACGAGAUCAACUCCUUCGUCUGCCUCUGCCUGCCCAGCUACGGGGGCAGCCUCUGCGAGAAAGACACGGAGGGCUGCGACCACAACUGGCACAAGUUCCAGGGCCACUGCUACCGCUACUUCGCGCACCGGCGCUCCUGGGAGGAUGCGGAGCGUGACUGCCGCCGCCGCGCCGGGCACCUCACCAGCAUCCACUCGCGGGAGGAGCACGGCUUCAUCAACAGCUUCGGGCACGAGAACACCUGGAUCGGGCUCAACGACCGCAUCGUGGAGCGCGAUUUCCAGUGGACCGACAACACCGGCCUGCAAUACGAGAACUGGCGCGAGAACCAGCCCGACAACUUCUUCGCGGGCGGCGAGGACUGCGUGGUGCUGGUGUCGCACGAGAUCGGCAAGUGGAACGACGUGCCCUGCAACUACAACCUGCCCUACAUCUGCAAGAAGGGCACAGUGCUGUGCGGGCCACCGCCCGAGGUGGACAACGCCUUCCCCGUGGGCAGGAGGAAGGAGAAGUACAGCAUCCACGCCACGGUGCGGUACCAGUGCACCGACGGCUUCGUGCCCCGCCACGGCGGCAUUGGGGAGAUGGGUCCAGACGUGCUGAGUCUGCACCAGCGGGCAGUGCCCAUCCUCCUCGGAGAGGCAGGCACUGGCCUGGGCAUGAGCACACCCAGGGUCUUCUUCUCUCUGGGCUUGAGUUUCCUCCUCAGCUUCCUUUGA